AUGUGCGACUGUAGAGUAUUAAAAAAAAAUAAUCAAACAUGUCAUUUUACUUCAAAAUGGUAUCAAGAAUUUCCAUUGAUUGAAUAUAGUCCGACCAAGGAUUCAAUUUAUUGCUUUUGUUGUCGAUUAUUUGGUGACGAUCCAGGUAGUGCUCAAUCGGAAAAUGCAUGGACAACAUUAGGUGUUAAUACAUGGAAUAAAAUCAAAGGUAGUCGAGGUUUUAACAAAAACGGGAAACUAGAAGCACAUAAUGAAAGUGAAGCACAUAUAUCAUCAUUACAACGUUAUCUGAAAUUUAAAGAACGUAAAAAUAAUACUGAUUUUAUGCCGGAUAAAACUCUACAACAGCAAGAGCAACAAAAAGUUCAAAUGGCAAAAUCUAACCUAGAAGCAGUUAAAAUAUUCAUUGACUGUGUGAAAUAUUUAUCAACAACUUUUCGUAGGCAUGUCAAAGAAGAGGGAAACUUUUACCAGUUUGUACAAUUAUUAUCAAAGCACAAUCCAGUAUUAAAACAAUGGCUAAACGAUGUUCAUAAUUGUCCAUAUACAGUUACUUAUAUGAGUACAGAUUCACAAAACGAAUUUAUUCAAUUAUUAGGUGAUAGUGUUCAAGAAACAAAUAUGUUAACCAUAUUUGUUCGGUUUGCCGAUGACAAUUUAGAACCGCAAGAACGUUUUGUAUCGAUUAAAGAACUACGUUUGAAAACCGGUGAUGGUAUUGCAAAUCAUAUUUUAGAAGUAUUAAAUGAACUUCAAUUAGAUCCUGAUCGAUUAGCCAUUUUAAAUGACAAUUUAAAUAAUUUAAUUACAAUGAGUGAAAAUAUAUCGAAAAGCUAUGACAUUGAUCCUGAUAAGGAAUUCAAUUAUAAACACCGUCAACGAAGACCACCAAAAAGAAUUGACGAAAAUCCACAAACAGCUCAUAAAUUUACAAGACAAGUAUUGGAUCGAUUAAUUUUAGAAUAUAAAGAAGUGUUAUCAUCGAUUGAUAGUAAUUUAGAAUCAUUAUCAAAAUUAGCACCAGAAUAUAUUACAAAUUUAUCCCAACAAGAUGUUGUUAAUAUUUGUCCAAUGACUAAAAUUGACGAUAGUAAUUUAUUGUAUGAAUAA